AUGGGGUCAAAGGUGGUUCCAACAAUCAGCUUCUCCAACAUCACAAACCCCCAACAAUCCCAAGACUUCCUCGCCCAGCUACGAAGAUCAGGGGUGGCUAUCAUCCGAAAUGUGGUUCCAAAGGAGACAGCCACCAGCUGGAGACAAGAAGCAAGCGAAUACCUCAGCCAAAACUCAGGCAUGCGAGCAGUGCCAACAAGAGACCCCCAACUUUACGAGCUCUACUGGAGUCCAGCCCAGAUCAAAGCCAGGGCGCAUCCCAAUGUCAUAGCCGCGCAGAAGUUCGUAAUGGGAAUAUGGAAGUCUGAAGACCCCAAUGCCAUGGUCAGCACAAACUUUCCCAUCAUAUACGCCGAUCGUGUGCGGAUACGAACGAUCUCGACAACAACGUAUGGCAGUGAUGGAGACAGACUCAGGCCUAGCGCCCAUGUCGACAAUGGCAGUGUCGAGAGAUGGGAGCCGGAUGGGUAUGGACGGGCAGGGACGUAUAAGGAUAUUUUCCGUGGGCGUUGGGAGGAUUAUGAUCCUUGGGAGAGCUCCUCCCGCGUCCAAGCAACAAGCGACCUCUACCAAGGCACCGGUUCCUGCUCCAUCUUCCGCAUGUUCCAAGGUCUUCUAUCCAUGAGCCCCACCUCCUCCGACUCGGACUCAGAUUCAGACUCAGACUCACUGCAAGUCUGCCCCAUGCCCCAACUGGCAACAGCUUACUUCCUGCUACGACCAUUCUUCUCUCCCUCGCCCUCCGCGUCCCCAGUCUCUUCAUCCUCAAAUCUAGCCCACUCCGAGCAAGACCAACGGGACCCUUUCUCUACGUUCUCCACCACCUUUGCUGGCGAAGAAGAAGAAGAAGAAGAAGACUCACCCUGGCUCUUCAACCACCCCCACAACUCCAUCCUCCAUGGCGCCCUCCCCAGCUAUGCCCAAGACAUCAACCCGACUCUGCACCCGCACCUCCAGCUGGACCGCAGUUUGGUCACCAUCCCACGCUUAGAACCGGGUGAUUACGUGCUUUGGCAUCCGGAUUUGAUUCAUGUUGUUGACGGGCCUUGGCAGAGGCAGAAACGGCACCACAAGCAAAGACACAGCAUGAUCACAAGGAGCAAGAACCCCCUAGAUCCAAUCCCGAACACAAACCCAAAAAUCUCCCAUACAUUGUCCCUCUACCUCCCCUGUUGCCCCCUGACCCAAACCAACGCGCUCUAUCUCUCCCGCCAGCGCAAGGCCUUCCUCCUCGGCAGGCCCGGCCCCGACUUCGGCGGAGGUGGGCAAGCGCUCUUCCACCAGGGGCACAAGAACCACGGCUCUUAUGGGUACGGGUACCGCGGGGUGCGAAGUAUGGUGAACGGACCUGGUCCGUAUAAUCACUUGCCAGAUGAUAGUAGUACUAGUGGAUGUGGGAGUGGGAGUGGUACAGGUGAUGAGAGUAGUCAUAUGGGAAAGGCGGGCGUGCAGGAUGUUAAUGAUGCCGGUGGUGAUGAUGCGUCGAGAACCAUGGGACUGUUGCCGUGGGAUGAGGAGGAGGCGCGCACGGAGGCGGAGAGGGAGGUAUUGGCUAUGGCUAAUGGAAUACUGUUUCCUGAUUUGUUAGAUCAUGGGAGGACAUGA